AUAAUAAUAAUUCCAACAGAUAAUGCGAGUGUCAGAGACCCGGGAGGGUUUCUUGGACCUGAACGAUCUCGAGCGGAGCCUGGCCAAAGUGCGAGCGGAGGGUGUUACGCAAAUGAUCGGCUGCUUCAGCGCUGCCAGUUGCAUAACCGGCGUUUUGGCGGACGACGUCGCGACGACCCUUCUGCUGCACCAAUUCGGGGCGCUCAGCAUCUGGGAUUACACAGCGGCAGCCCCGUACGUCCAGAUCGACAUGAAUCCGCAUUUACCGGGUGUCGGCGAGACAACGGUGCACAAAGACGCGAUUAUUUUUGCCGGACACAAAUUCAUCGGCGGCGUCCAGUCGCCCGGCGUGGUCGUCGCGAAACGGUCCCUGCUCAAGGAUCAAAUUGGCACCGAAGACAUGAGGGACUCCCAUCACUAUCAUCGUGACCCGGAGCUGAGGGAGGAGAGCGGCACUGCCGGUGUCGUCGAGACCAUCAGAUGCGGCCUCGCGGUUCAAUUGAAGGAGAACGUGACGCCGCGCGCUAUCGUUGCCCGGCAAGAUAAAAUCUCCAGGCAAGUGUUGGCCCACGUGCGCACGAUCCCGGAGCUGAUUCUUCUCGGCAGCGGCUCGCAGAACGUCAAGAGAUUGCCCAUCUUCUCGUUCAUGGUGCGUCACCCGCGCGGCACGUUCCUUCACCACAACUUCGUCUGCGCCGUUUUGAACGACGUCUUCGGUAUACAAUCGCGCGGCGGAUGCGCGUGUGCUGGUCGUUACGCUCACGACCUUAUGGGCAUCGACCAAGAACUCGCGAAGGAGUACCAGAAGGUGCUCGCAGACGGCGAGAAGACCACCGACAACGAGGAAACGAACACCGAGGGUCUGCGUCCAGGUUUCGCGAAACUCUCGUUCCCGUACUUCAUGUCCGAAGCGGAGGUAGCCUUCGUGCUCGAGGCCCUGAAGAUGGUCGCGACGGAGGGCUGGAAGCUGCUGCCUCAGUACGUCCUGAACCCGGACACCGGCGAAUGGCGGCACCACACGAACAGCGUGUUCAAAGAACGGAAGUGGCUCAGCUCGAUCCGGUACACCGACGGCAAGAUGAACGCGUCGGAACGCAGAGUGUCCGGCGCCGGCGUGCUGCCUCAGAACUACGGCGACUGUCUUCAGACCGCGCGGAACAUCUUCAACCGUGCGAGAAAGAUGGCGCAGAGAUACCCGUUACAGAUCGACCGCAGCUACAACUUCGUGUCCGAGCGGAUGGAGGCGUUGCGAUGGUUCAUGCUGCCCAGCGAAGCGCAGGAUCUGUUGCUGGGCAACUCGCAGAACGUGAAGCAGGAGGUACCCUUCAAUCCGACGCUGUCCUGGAACCGGCUGGGCCAUCACACGCCGACCACCACGCACGACAACCAGAUCAGCUGCUUGGCCCUGGUGAACAGCAUCCGCCGGCUGAACAGCGACAUCCCGCGCACCGGCAACCUGCAGAUGAUGUCGGCCAGCUCGCCGAGGCACCGAAGCCUGCCGGUGCUCAGCUCGGUCCGGAAGACGCUGCUGAACUCCGCGACCGAGUUCCAGCCUUGCUACUCCAGCGGCAACGAGGAAGAACGGUCUGCGAGCGUGGACCGGAACCAUGGCUCCACGGGUGGCCAGAGGUCGCCGGCCACUUGCCCGAGCUCCCCGAUGCCCGUCAGGUUCGCCGUCGGCGAGGUGGUCACGGCUUCGGCGCUCAGUGCGAUCUCCCACGCCGGCAGCAGGCCUAUAAAGGAAGAAAGAGACUUGAUAGAAGCUGGCAACGCAGGCCGCGCCAGAUGCAACUCCCUGGGCAGCACCGGCGGCGGGGAGAACGCCUCGGUGAACCGCAAGGUCGCCUCCUCCUCGUCCUCCCCCAUCCCGCCACUCCCCCUGAGUCCCCAAACGCUGACCAGUCUAGGCUUGAGCGGGAACAACGGCAACUCCGGCAGGCCCAGGCGGCAUCAUUGCAGCUGCAGCAGCCAGACCGAGCUGAACUCGCUGGAGCUAGAGAGCGGCAGCCCGAGUCACUCGAUCUUGUCCUUCAGCUAUCACAACACGGCCUCGCCGCCGUCCUCGUACUCCUCGGUCGGCGACUACGCGGAGAAGUUCGCGGCCGGCGGCAGGUCCUCGCCGAUCACCGCGAACGGCGGCCAAAGGUCCGAGGACGAUCUGAGCGCGUACGUGAAGGAGGUGACGAAGGAGCUGGCGACGGAGAUCAAGUCCGAGAUCCGGGAGGUGAUCUCGAAGGUGGACGACGCGCUCUCGGAGACGAACACGUCGGAGAACACGCCGCAGCACCACUCGCGGAACGUCGCCGCGCCGAGCGCCGAGGACAAGAUGAGGCACGACUCGUUCACCGCGAGCAACAUAGCCGAGUACCUGAUGGAGUUCUCGAAGGAGAUGGCCAGCGAGGUGAAAUCCGAGAUCAGGUGCAUGGUGAACGCCGUCGACGGGCUGCACAGGCACUCGCCGGACGCCUCCGCCUCCGAUGUUUCCUCCAAUGGCUGCGGCUCGCCGGACAGAGGCAGACCGGUUCCGGCGGCCGCGUCGCCUAGGCUGUCCAGCGGCAGACGAAGCGGCCCGAUCGAGAUCUCGGGGAAGGUCGGCGAGCUGACGCAGCAGGAGAGCAAGAUGUCCAGCGAGUGCUCGUCCGACGAGACGGUGAUCUACGUGAUGAAGCCGACGGAGAGCGAGCAGCUGGCGCGCAGCCAGUCGAAGACCGACGACGAGGAGGUGGUUCACGACCUGGACGACGACCUGAACGACGAGGACGGCCAGGAGAGGGGCGGCUUGGAGAUCGGCGACGCCAGGAAGAUCCUGCCAAAGAUCUACUCGGCGGUGAACUCGGUCAGCUCGCAGGACAGCGGUAUCAAUUUGUCGUUCCACGAGAGCGACAAGUCGCUGGACUCGGUGGACCUGAAGCGCAGCAGCAGCGCCGAGUCGAACUCGACGAACAGCUACGGCCGGAAGCCGAGGGCGGCGUCUAUGACCGGCUUGGUCGGCAAGCCGAACUGCAAACAACAGGUCCGUCAGAACGACGACUUCUCGGAAGACGAGGAGUGCUCGAGCGACUUGAAGGAGGAGGAGGAUCAGGAGGUCGCGUUUGAGGCGAAGGACGGGAAAGCUGACGCGGCGAGGCCGCAGUGGCAUUGCCCGCCGAAGAGCGUGUGGAAGCCAGCCGUCGAGGCUAUACAGGAGUUCGAUAUGAUCAGGGACAACGACAAGGUGCUGGUGUGCUUGUCGAUCAGCGGCAAGGACUCGCUGACCUUGCUGCACACGUUGCAUCAGUACAGAUUUUACGCGAGGUCGAAGGGCAUCGAUUUCCAGAUCGGCGCGGCCGCGGUGGACACGAACGGACAGGACCCCAUCGGUAUGAUGAGCUACCUGAAGACCAUGAGCGUCCCUUAUUUCUACGAGGACCAUACCGGCAAGUCGAGCUGCGAUCCCGGCGACAAUCGGUCCGUGGAUUCUCUGGACGCGAACGGCGCGUGCAGUUUUUGCGAUCGGACGAUCAGAGCGCGGCUAUACUCGAUCGCCAAGCGGCACAAUUACAACGUGCUGGCGAUCGGCCAGCAUCUCGACGACCUCACCGACGGCUUCCUCGUCUCGGUGUUCCACGGCGGCAAGCUGAAAACCAUGAAGGCGCAUUACUACAUCCGCCGGCAGGAUCUUAGGGUCAUCAGACCGUUUGUAUACGUGCGGGAGAAAUCGAUCAGGCAGUUCGCCGAGAGCAAGAAGCUGGUGGCUUCCCAGGAAACCAGGCCGAGCGACCUUGCCGAGGCACAGAAUCAAAGCAAAGAGUCGACGACGCAGCAAGAGCGCACCUAUCCCCGGCUCUCCUGGUCCCUGAGGUCCGCCCUGCGGCCAUUAAUAGACGCGCACGGCCACCGAACAGACUUGGACCUGGCCUGCGCUAACUCGAUCAGCAAUUCGAGUAUCUCCAGCGCUAGCAGCAGCAGCAACGGCGGCAGCGGCGGCGGCGGCGGUCAGCAGAAGAGGCAAAGACGAGUAAAAACCAGCUCCUUGCCAGCGGGAUCCGGAGCCCAGUGCGCGGCGCAGGAGCAAGAGGACAAUGAGGACACCGACGAAGAACCGGUCCUUUGAGGCAGACGGGCAGCGAGAUGGGAUUACAGUCGUUCCUCGGUCCCGUCUUCGCACCGCCGUCGAAAAUUGAGCACGCUCUCCGUCGUUAGGAGAAGGCGACAGCGGUACGCCGCGGCCGUUGCCACCGGCGUUGCUGCUGUGAACGCUCAGAAUCCUGAAGGGGAGCGUUAAGGGAUCCAGAAGAAUUCAUCCGAUGGUCCAGGACCACCGCAGAGACUCUCCUCGAAGCCGGCUGCGAAUGUUCUACACUUGGAAGACGCUCAUUGCGUCGCGGUCCUCCGUCUGGUGCCGGCUAGAAAAAGAGUUGGUCGCUGUGAGACCGGUGGCAAACGGACGCAGCCGCGUUCGCCGAUCGUUUCGCGCAAUGAAAACAAAACAGGA